CCCCUCUCCCAAACCAUGCAACCAUCAUCACUUCUGCCGCAGACGGCGGACGCUGCGUACCCUCUCGGCGCUCUCCCUAGACAAUUAUAAAGAGCUGCCUCCGAUUCACCUCAGACCUUAUCCUAAGAUUUAUUCAGAAUGUCUAUUCAAGCCACUACAUCGCUCGGGGGUACUGCAUCUCAUAUCACAGUUGGCAAAAUAGCUCAUGGAUUGAUGAAGAUGACAUGGACCCCCGACCCAGUCCCAGAUGAACAGUGUUUCGAAGCAAUCAAGGCUGGAGUGGACGCCCUUCCUCCAGGCACGAAGAUGUUCCUCAACGGAGGGGAAUUUUACGGGCACAACUUAACAACCACGAACCUCGAGAUGAUCGCUCGGUUCUUCGAAAAGUAUCCCGAUUACGUAGACAAAACCUUCUUGUCCGUCAAGGGAGGACUAAAGCCUGGCCUAGCGCCACUACCCGACGGCUCGCCUGCCAACUUGAGACGAAGUGUUGAGCUCAUCAACGAGAAACUUCGUGGCACCAAGCGCCUUGAUCUGUUUCAGAGCGCACGCGUAGACCCCAACGUUUCUUUGGAAGAAUCGAUCCGGACCCUUGUUGAGCUCAAGAACGAGGGUAAACUAGACCAUAUCGGCAUGUCUGAAUGCAGCGCGGACUCUCUGCGGCGUGGUAAUACUGUACACCCCAUUGCUGCUGUCGAGAUUGAAGUCAGCCCAUGGGAAUACGAUGUGGAGGCUAAGAAAGUCAUUGCGACUGCCCAAGAGUUGGGUGUUGCUGUUAUCGCGUACUCCCCGCUUGGUCGUGGGUUUUUGACCGGUCAAAUCAAGAGACCUGAGGAUAUUCCGGAGGGAGAUUUCCGCCGCUCCUUGCCUCGUUUCCAGGAGGAUAACUUUAAACACAAUUUUGCCGUCGUGGAUGCAUUGGCUGCAAUUGCGAGGAGCAAGAACGUAACCUCUGCCCAACUCUGCAUCGCUUGGGUUUCAUCGCUUGGCAAGCAUGUCAUCCCCUUGCCAGGUUCCUCGCAUGCCAAGCGGACUCUCGAAAAUUGUGCUGGAGGAGAAGUCGAGUUAUCCACGGAAGACCUUGCAGAAAUCAAUGGUGUUAUUAACGCUGCCGAAGUCAGGGGUGAUAGGUAUGCCCAUCAGGCAUACCUCUGGGGUUAGAUGACUUUUCGAUACUCGGACCACCAAAUCGUGAAUGUGUACUUUUAUAUUGGCCUUGUAGCAAUUUUUUCAAAAAAAUAUAUUGUUCGUAGUAAAGGUCCUCUUUUGUGGAUGAGGAAAUGAAGAGCGGUUUGAUACGAAGAC